GCUUCGCAGUUGAACAGAAAGGAGCCUCUUGUCUUCACUGCUUUUCUGAGGUUCAUUUCUAUAUGAGUAGUGAGGUUUUUAAAUCUCAAUUUCUGGAUUUAAUCUACACUGAAAAUGGCCAUUCCUGCGGCGUAUAGUACGUCUACUCUUAGAACCGUAAGCGUAUCUUCAGAACCUGGUAUGACGACCGUGGUGUCGCCGACCCAAUUCGGAAUUAAUGGAGGAGCGACCUUACGCAAACUUAGCGCCGUUAACGUCGCGGGAGCCCCGUUGUCACCUGUGCAGUACGUUAACGGCGCCGUCGAUGGGACCAUACUUCAGGGAAACGUGCGUUACCUGGUUCCUGUUCAGAAUGCAACGGAGUCCUAUGUCCUAGUCAAUCAAGCGCCACGGGUGGUAUCCCCUGUCUAUCUGCAAAACCUCAAACACGUCAGCAUCACCAGCACAGAGGAAGUGGACAGUAGCCUACAACAGAAUAGCAGUGACAAAACCUCAUCAGUGUUCUGGCCAACGCCAAGUCCUGCAAAGAGCCCUGAGCCCCCCGAGCACGAGGUCAUCCACAGCAGCAACAGUAGCAGCGUGCACGAAGUGUCACACGUGGAAGUGGCGAACCGUGUGAGGUCCGAGUUGCUACAGCAGAGCGAACCGCAGGCCCAGCUCGACACGCGCUUCUUCGGCGAGCUCCUCGCUGAGGUGUACCGCAAGAACUGCGACAUCCAUGGCUACAUCUCCGAACACGUGGCCAAGAUCCGCGGACGAAAGCACCUGCUGGAUCCCACCAUUGAUUACAAGGUGGAGAAAGAUGAUAUAGAGGCCCUCAUUCCUAAAGGCUUGUCAGAACUGACCAAGCAGCAGAUACGCUACCUUCUACAGACACGCAUGACUGCUGAAAAGACCAUGCUUCUCCUCCUUACCACCUUUAGUAGCCUGAGAGAAGAGCUGGUACACCUGCAGGAAGACCUGAGGCGCUUGGAGAGUGAGAAAGAACACCUGGAGCGGGACCUGAGCUUUAAGGCCGACCAGGCGCUGCAGUAUGACCGGCUGCUGGACGCCGUGCGGGAGAACAACAGGCAGCUGCAGACCUCCCUGAAAGAGAGCAGCUUGGCCCAGCGCUCUAUGGAGAGCAAGCUGCUGAGCUGCCAGAGCACAGACUCCAGCAGGGACUUCCGUAUCAAGGAGCUGGAGGGCACCAAGCUUGCCCUGGAGCAGGAGCUCGAGCUGCUCCGUAGGAAGCUACAAGGCCAGUGCAGCACCUCCACUGUAAGCACCAAGAUGCAGGAGAUGACUAAGCAUUACGAGCAGAUGUUGAGCGCACUGAGAGAGGAGAAGGACAAAGAGCUGCAGACCAUGCGGUCUCAGGUGACAAAGAUCCAGACGGAGCGCUACAGUGAGCACUCCAACGAUAGGAGCCUGCAGCUGAAGAUCACAGAGCUACUGAGCAAACUGGAGCAGCGCGAGUCUGUCAUUAGACGCCAGGAAGAGGAUCUCAGACGGCUCCAGCACGACAGGAGUGAUGUGUCCAAGAAUGUCACCAAAACUGUUAUCACCAAGAGAUACAGGAACCAGUACCCUAUACUGGGCCUGCUGAGUGAUGAUUACCAGGCCACAUCACCCGUCAAGGAGGCCAAGACCAUCAUCAUCGAGAGGACGGGAGAGAUGAUCAAAGAGGAAAUCAUUACCACGCCCUAAAGAAAAUGCUUCUCUCUGACAGGAAUGAACAUGCAGAAGAUCCAGAAUUUGCACCAGUGCCUGUUUGAUCAGCUCUCCUCUUCAUAAUCCUCCUUCUUCUCUCUCUCUUUCCCUCCUACCCACUCUUUCUAACUGCUCCUUUUCUCCU